AUGGAAGAUUUCCCCAUUGUCUGCAGCCAAUGCUUGGGUGAUAAGGAACAUAUAAAGAUGGUUCGUCAACCUGCUGGCGAAGAAUGCAAACUCUGUACAAGGCCUUUUACCGUGUUCCGCUGGAAUAUCCUGCAAGAGCAGAAACAACUGAAAAAGACCAUAUUCUGCAAAACAUGUGCGCAGAGCAGGAACUGUUGUCAGUCUUGCAUGCUUGAUGUGACGUAUGGCAUUCCUUUAGAGAUCAGAGACGCUGCGUUGAAGAUGGCUGGAAUUCGCAAUGAAUGGGCGCCAGCAACUUCAACGCUGAAUCGAGAAGUCAAGGCAAUUGUGGCGACCAAACUAGAGGCCAAGCAAAAGAAAGAAGAAACGGAUUUGGAAAAACAGCGAGAAAAGGCCAAGGCCGUGUUGGAGUUGCUCGCGUCAAAGAUAUCCAGUGGAGCUAUUCAGCCUAAAACCUCCAAAGUGAAGCGGAACGAUGUUCCCAAUAGAGAGGUGUCCAAGAUUGUGGCAAAGCUCCCGUUUGGCGGAAAUUUGGAUGUUCCUGAAGAUGGAACCGCAAAAUCCUUUUUUGUUUUCGGCUUCAGCCCUGAAAUGCCCCAGUACGUGCUUUCGUCCUACUGUGAAAAAUUCGGCACUCUAAGUGCGGUCAAGGUGGUUCACCGGGCCCAAUGUGCAUACGUGACGUUUCUGAAACGAGCUGCGGCGGAAUCUUUUGCCCAAGCUGUGAGUGAAAAUGGCUUGAACGCAAACAAAAGCACAGCAGGUCUUCUAAUUCUUGAACGGUAUCCAGUGCGAGUUGCGUGGGGAAACCCACGGCCACUUGGUACUACCAAUGACGAGCAUAGUAAGAUUUCCAUGGUGGUGGCAAAAGUCAUGGGCCAAUUAGCAGAUAAAGACAAUGGGGUGAAGCACAAUGGAGCGAAAGAUAAUGGAACCAAACAGAAAAAGAAGACGGAACAAAAACGGUACAAGGCAGCAAGCGAAGACCUUGAGUUGUGA